AUGAAUAAAUUAAAUGAUACUUGUUCUAUGAGUAAGCGUCUUACUUGCAAGAUUUGUGGCGAUAAGGAGGUGCAAAUGGUUUUUAUACCAUGCGGGCACGCAGUAUCUUGCGUAAGUUGCAGUCAAUCCGUAGUUAUUUGUAUUAUCUGCAGGGCGCCGAUUAAUGCUAGAGUAAAAUUUUUUCUGACUUCCAACUUUCCGGAACUAGCCGAACUCAACUGA